UCUCUCCUGGACAAUCACGUCAGACUGGUCUCACUUCACAGUCAACAUGGAGGACAGAGAAAAUUCAGGUGGCACUUCUGACGGUCCAUACAGUAAACUGACUUAUCAAGAGGACUUUGGCGGAGAUGAGCGCACUCUUUUCUCAAACCAAGAGAAGCACCAAGUGUCCAUGUCCAUGGUGAGACCCGAUUUCAGUUUGAAUCAUUACAGACUGCUCACAGUGAGCCUGGCAGUGCUCGCUGUCAUUCUACUUGUGGUUGACAUCGGCCUGGGAGUCUACUAUAAUAAACUUACUGGUGGGCAAUCUGCAGUAAUGGACAUCAGCAGAGAGGUGGUCAAACUGCAGGCUGCGUACAACACUGCAAUUCAAAGCAGGGAUGACGCCAAGAAAGAGUUGGCAAGAGAGAUCAGUGAGCAGCAAAUUACCAAGUGGGAGCUUGAACAUGAGCGUAAAAGAAGCAAAACCUACGAAAAGCAGGCUGACAAACUUCAAAUGGACAUUGCAGCGUUGAAAUCCCACAUGCCAAUGCUUAAGCAGGGCUGCAGACACUGCCUACCUGGAUGGACUUUCAUGAACUCACUGUGUUACUACUUCCCUUUCUCUGAGGACAUUUCACGCAGACCAUGGCAGGAAGCCAGAAAUUUUUGCACAAAACAAGGAGGCAACUUGGCAGUGAUAGACAGCAGAGAAAAACACCUGGCAGUUACCAACUUGAUAAAUAAUUAUCACGAUGCUACAAGACCCAUAAGCCAGACUGGUUUCUGGAUCGGACUGAGAGAUGUGCAGGAGGAAGGGAAUUGGAGAUGGCUGGAUGGAACAGAACUGGCUCAGGGGUACUGGAAUGAUGGAGAGCCCAACAACCAGGGUAAUGAGGACUGUGCAGCAGCAUAUCCCAGAAGCAACCCCUUUAAGUCCUGGAAUGAUGCUCCAUGCAAUUAUGACCUGAAAUGGAUUUGCGAAAUGACACCAAGAUCUGCAGGUUAAUGUGUUUUGUUUUGGUUUUUUUAAAUCACAUUAACUUUUCAGUUAAUUUUUUGAAUGCAGAUUUAACUCCACCUUAGAGACUUUUACACAUCUUCUGAAUCUUUUUAUUGUCAUGUCAACAUUUGUUGAGACUACAAAAUGGCAGGGAAGGUCCAAGUACAAAAAAUACAUCUGAUUUCUGAAAUGAACUAUAAAAUGUAAGUUAAUAAUUUAACUGUCAUAAAUAGUUUUUUUAAAACUUU